AUGGGAACUGCUGCUCCCUCUACUACUGUAGCUGUAGUUAGCCAGCCCCGGAUUGAAGAACCGAGAUGCAAGGAGCUGCAGGGACUUGAGGAAAGAAGUCUAACAGGUUGGGGUAAGAGGACAAGGCGUCCACCAAGGCAAAGAUAUAGUUCUCCUGUUCCUAAAAGAUAA